AUGACAACGUCUCAAGUAGUAGAAAGUCGAGGUUCUCUCCUUGGACUACCUACCUACCCUGAUGAUCCGGAGUUUACAGGACUAACGGCAUUGGUGACGGGCGCAAAUGGGAUUUCCGGAUACCACAUGGUUCGAAUUCUCGCCGCAUCACCCGACCGCUGGAGUCGCAUCUACUGUUUGUCAAGACGACCACCCCCUCCAAACUUCUUCGAGGACUUGGGCGAUGGAGCAUCACGUGUCAAACACAUCUCAGUAGACUUCCUCUCAAGUCCUGUGGAGAUUGCAGAACGCUUGAAAGCUGAGAUUGACAAAAUGAACUUUUUACAUGGCCUAAAAGAGGCAGCUCUCCAGCCAAAGCGUUUUCUACUGCAAACCGGCGCUAAGCACUAUGGAUUCCAUAUGGGACCGGCGACCAACCCCUCAUUUGAAUCUGAUCCUCGCAUAACCUUGGAAGAUAACUUCUAUUAUCCCCAAGAGGACGCAUUGGAGCGCUACUGUAACGAUACUGGCGCGGCGUGGAAUGUCGUUCGUCCAUCCUAUAUCAUUGGUGCCGUCCGUGACAGCGCUUUGAAUUUCAUGAUUGGCCUCGCUAUAUUUGGAGCAGUCGAAAGUCAUCUUGGAAGACCUUUGAACUUCCCCGGUGAUUAUGCGGCUUGGGAUCGCGAGUACUGUCAGAGUACCGCAUUGCUCAAUGCCCACUUUCAGGAAUGGGUCGUACUGACUGACACCGCUGCCAAUCAGGCAUUCAACAUCCAAGAUGGACAGAAUUUUACCUGGGGACGCUUCUGGGCGUAUUUGGCCACCUGGUAUGGUACCACUUGGCAACCACCCGCUGAUGACGAGAGCAAGUAUAAACAGGUCCGAUGCCGACACAAGAACACACCGAGAGGAUAUGGUCCUACCGGCACAACCCGGUCCACUUUCAGCUUCUUGGAGUGGUCUGGGCGCUUGGAGGUUCAGAAGGUGUUUGGAGAGCUCGCCGAAAAGCAUGGGCUUGUGCUAGAGCCUUUUACCGAGAAAAACAGAGCUCAGAUUUUCGGAAUGGUGGACUCUGCAGUAUUGGGUGACUGGCCCCUUUCUCUGAGCAUGCGCAAGGCACGUAAAUUGGGAUUUUUUGGCACUGCGGAUUCUUAUAGGUCUUGCUUUCAGGCGAUGCAUAAUCUUGCCCGACUCAAGUUAGUUGUUCCGCCAAUGGUCAAGGAAUACGUCGAAUGA